ACCCACUUUCCCAGCACCCAAAUCUUCCAGUCUCACAGAAUCUCCUCUGGGCUGGAAGGGAAGCUCUGUACACUGAGGCCUGCAAACAGUAACACAGACUGUUGAAAGUAGAACUCAGAGGAGAGAAUCUCAGAAGGAAAGUGGCCAUGGACCUGAUCCCAAGCCUUUCCAUGGAAACGUGGGUUCUCCUAGCUACCAGUCUAGUGCUCCUCUAUCUGUAUGGGACCUAUUCACAUGGACAUUUUAAGAAACUGGGAAUUCCUGGGCCAACACCUCUGCCAUUUUUUGGAACUGUUCUGGGCUACAUUAAGGGUGUUUUGGCUUUUGACAAGAAAUGUUUUAAGAAAUAUGGAAAAAUGUGGGGGUUUUAUGAUGGUCGACAGCCCGUGUUGGCUAUCACAGAUCCAGACAUGAUCAAAACAGUACUAGUGAAAGAAUGUUAUUCUGUCUUCACAAACCGGCGGUCUUUUGGUCCAAUGGGACUUAUGAAAAAUGCCAUCACUAUAGCUGAGGAUGAAAAAUGGAAGAGAAUACGAACAUUACUGUCUCCAACCUUCACCAGUGGGAAGCUCAAGGAGAUGUUCCCUAUCAUUGGCCAGUAUGGAGAUAUGUUGGUGAGGAACCUGAGGAAGGAAGCAGAGAAAGGCAAACCUAUCACCAUGAAAGACAUCUUUGGGGCCUACAGCAUGGAUGUGAUUACUAGCACAUCAUUUGGAGUGAACAUAGAUUCCCUCAAUAACCCACAAGAUCCUUUUGUGGAAAAUACUAAGAAGCUCUUAAGAUUUGAUUUCCUUGAUCCAUUCUUCCUCUCAAUACUAUUCUUUCCAUUUCUUAUCCCAGUUUAUGAAGCAUUAAAUAUCUUUGUUUUUCCAAAAUGUGUUACUGAUUUCUUCAUAAAAUCUGUAAAAAAGAUGAAAGAAAGUCGUCUCAAAGAUAAAGCAAAGCAACGAGUGGAUUUUCUUCAGCUAAUGAUUAACUCCCAAAAUUCCAAAGAAAUAGACAACCUUAAAGCUCUGUCUGAUCUAGAACUUGUGGCCCAAUCUAUUACGUUUAUCUUUGCUGGCUAUGAGCCUGUUAGCACUUCUCUUUCCUUCCUUCUGUAUCUUUUGGCCACUCACCCUGAUGUCCAGCAGAAGCUACAGGAGGAGAUUGAUGCGACUUUCCCCAAUAAGGCACCUCCUACCUAUGAUGCCCUGGUACAGAUGGAAUAUCUUGAUGUGGUGUUGAAUGAAACUCUCAGAUUAUUCCCAAUUGCUGAUAGACUUGAGAGGGUCUGUAAGAAAGAUGUGGAAAUCAAUGGGGUGUUCAUUCCCAAAGGGACAACAGUGAUGAUGCCAAUCUUUGUUCUUCACCAACACCCAGAGUUCUGGUCGGAACCUGAGGAGUUCCGUCCUGAAAGGUUCAGUAAGAAGAACAAGGACAGCAUAAAUCCUUAUACAUACCUGCCCUUUGGAACUGGACCCCGAAACUGUAUUGGCAUGAGGUUCGCUAUCGUAAACAUAAAACUUGCGGUUGUCAGAGUGCUGCAGAACUUCUCCUUCAAACCUUGUAAAGAAACGCAGAUUCCCCUGAAAUUAGUCAGUCAAGGACUUAUUCGACCGGAAAAACCCAUUGUUCUGAAAGUUGAGUCGAGAGAUGGGACCAUGAGUGGAGCCUGAUUUUCGCUAAAGACUUCCGCUUUGUUCUUCAAGGAAGCUGUAUCCCAGAACACAAAAGACUUCAAAUUACUUUGUGAAUGAAACCCAGAAUAAAGAUUGUCUUAACCUACUGCACUUGAUGGAUGCCUAGGGGUUCUUACAUUCAUUGAGCUUUCUCAUUGUCUAAGUAGAAUAUUAUAUGUUGUGUGGUGUAAAGGAGAGGACAAAGUAAGUGUCAGAUAUGUGGACUCAGCUUAUCUGUUUCUCACAGGAUGAGCUCCAUCCACCCCCAGUUACUUGCAUCUACUUUUCCUGAGCACUGAUCAAGAAUAAAAGUUUCUCAACAAUUGUAUCGCAAACUUUAAAGAAAACAAGAAUUAUUGUGCUGAUUGUAGUAGUGACAUUUAUAUCACAUGUUCAUUUUGAAUAUUCCAUGAAGUAUUAUACAUUGGGAAAGUCAAUAAAUAUCUCUUUACAAA